CGUCAUCAGUAAAACGAUGGGUUGUUGUGUAUGGUGAAACUACUGUAAAAAGAUUAUGGUUCGAAGAUGAGCGAUAAAGUUGCCGUUUUCAUUAGCAUUGGCUUCCAGGCCAGUAUUACUACUACUUCAACUACAGGUGGCUUAGUACUUAGAUAUUUAACCAACUGACUCGGAAACAAGGUGGACUGUUUCAGACUUCUUAGGGCCAAUUCAAAUUGGCCAGCUGUCAACGGCGAAUUCAACGCUAGCGGCAACCAGGUUUUGUGGCGUAGCAGCUGACGUCAGCACCGAGCGUGUCCAGCCAUGGCCGGUGGGAUCACGGAGAUGGGGGAGCCCUACUCCCCAUAUGUGGGCCUGGUGUACAUGUUUAACCUGAUCGUGGGCACGGGGGCUCUGACCAUGCCCAAGGCCUUUGCCACGGCCGGCUGGGCGGUGAGCCUGGCGCUCAUCUGCAUCCUGGCCUUCAUGAGUUACAUGACCACCACCUUCGUCAUCGAGGCCAUGGCGGCCGCCAACGCACAGCUGCGCUGGAAGAGGCGCGAGCAGGAAGCGGUGAAGGACAGCGAUUCCUCCGAUUAUUCGGACGAUGAGGUCAUCGUCAGGGGACGGUCCGAGCCGUUGGAGGCCCGGCCCAUUCUGUCCGUCCAGAGAGGCGGGUCCUCGCCUGACCAAUUCGACAUCGUCGAGCGGGUGGAGAUGGGACAGAUGGCCUCCCUGUUCUUUAACAAAGUGGGGGUGAACAUGUUCUACAUCUGCCUCAUCGUGUACCUGUAUGGAGACCUGGCCAUCUACGCUGCUGCUGUGCCCAUGUCCCUGAUGGAGGUUGCCUGUGGGAAUCACUCCUGCAGCGCUGGAAGUGUGAAGUACAACGACACGGACCUCUGCUGGGGCUCUGUGAAGAGGAAGGACGCGUACAGGGUGUUUCUGACCAUCUUCACCUUGCUGCUGGGCCCCUUCACUUUCUUCAACGCCCAGAAGACCAAAUAUCUGCAAAUCCUCACCUCUGUCAUGAGGUGGAUUGCCUUCAGCAUGAUGAUCAUCCUGGCGCUGAUCCGCAUCGGGAAGGGCGAAGGUCAGGGCCGGCCGCCGGCGGCCAGCUUCUCCGGCAUCCCCAACCUGUUCGGCGUGUGCGUGUACUCCUUCAUGUGCCAGCACUCACUGCCCUCCCUCGUCACGCCCAUCUCCGACAAGCGCCGCGUGGGCCGGCUGGUGCUGGCGGACUACGCCCUGAUCCUGGCCUUCUACAGCCUGCUGUCCUUCACCGCCAUCUUCUGCUUCGCGGGCGGGGACCUGCGCGACAUGUACACGCUCACGUUCACCGACAGCUGCCACGCGCUGGACGCGGCCCCGCUGCGCUACUUCCUGGGCCUGUUCCCCGUCUUCACCAUCAGCACCAACUUCCCCAUCAUCGCCGUCACGCUGCGCAACAACUGGAAGUCGCUGUUCCACCGCGACGGCGGCACCUACCCCUGGGUGGUGGACCGCGUGGCCUUCCCCCUCAUCACGCUGGUGCCGCCCGUGGUGGUGGCCUUCUGCACGCACAACCUGGAGUCGCUGGUGGGCAUCACCGGCGCCUACGCCGGCACGGGGAUCCAGUACAUCGUGCCCGCCUCGCUGGUGCUGCUCAGCCGCCGGCACCUGGAGCCGGCGCUGGGCCGGGGCGCCGUCAACAAGCACCGCUCGCCCUUCCGCCACACCUUCUGGGUGGGCUUCGUGCUGGCCUGGGCCACCUUCUGCCUGAUGUUCGUCACGGCCAACAUCGUCCUGACGGAAACCAAGCCCAAGAACUGAAAGGUUCCCGCCUGGUGGUGGGGGGG